AUGAGUAACGGGACGUGGGUCGGAAACUGGAGACCACAUCGGUCCAGAGGACCGAUUGCAGCUUUUUACAGCAGUCCAGGGCCUAAGUAUGGACUCCCGGGCUCCACAGGUUAUGUCCAGCAUGAUGCAACCAAGUACAAGUCUCCAGCAUACAGCUUUGGAGUGACACAUGCCAGAUUCACCGUGGACAGCUCACCGGGUCCAGCCUACCUCAUCCCAUCACUGCUCACCAGGAGAGGCAGGGAUGGGACACCAGCCUACUCCCUCUAUGGCAGGCCAAAGGACAUCAAUCCAUUCCAGACCCCAGGCCCAGGUACUUACUCCCCGGAGAAGGCUGGGAAGUCAGCCUUCAGUGUGGCUCCUUCGUUUUCCAUUGCUGGGAGGACGAAAGGUUUCAGGACUGACCGGUCACCAGGUCCUGCGGCCUAUCUACUGCCUUCUGUACUAGGCCCGAACAUUGUAAACAAAUCAUCUUCCGCCAAUUUCUCCCUCAGUGGACGAAGUAAAGUCGGUAGUUUCCAUGAGGACUUCCAGAAGACUCCAGGACCUGGGGCAUAUAAAGUCACUGAUCCAAAUACAUACAAGUACAAACCUCCUCAGUACAGCAUAAUAGGCAGGAACCAGCUGCCCAGUGAUUCAACAAGGAAACCAGGGCCGGGGAGUCACAGUCCAGAGAAGGUUGUAGUGAAUCGCAAUGUAGCUCCUGCUUUCUCCUUUGGCAUCAGGCAUUCUGAGUACCUGGCACCAGUAAUCGUCGAUGCUGUGUAA